CUCCCCUGUUUCUUUCUACAGACCCCCCCACAGCUGCAGGGACCCUCCUGCUCAUGGGAGGACUGGGGUCUGCACUGCAGCUGCUCCUCUCGAGCUCAGCCAGCCCCCACCCUAUGCUGGAGGCCAGGGGAGGGCCUGCUGGAGGGGAACCACAGCAAUGCCUCCCACACAGUCACCUUCCACUCAGCAGAGCCCUGGGCCAACAGCUCCCUGAGUGUCCGUGGGGAGCUUACAUCCAACCUCAGGCUCAGAUGUGAGGCCCAGAACGCCCACGGGAAGGAGACAGUGACUGUCCUGCUGCUGCCAAGGAGACCAGGACAUAGGACAGGAGUGAUUCAGGGGGCUGUCGGGGGAGCUGGUGCCACAGCCCUGCUGGCCGUCUGCCUGGGCCUCAUCAUACUGAGGAUCUGCAGGAAGAAACAGGCAGAGAAGGCAGAGAGCCAGGAAGGCAUCUCCCAGGGUCACCUGAAUGCACCCUCCUCCCACCACCUGCCCCCAGCGCUGGCCACCUCCCCCUCUGAGCAUGAGCUCCAUUACGCUGCUCUCAGUUUCCACAACAUGAAACCACACAACCCUCAGGCCCAGGAGACCCCGUACUCUGAGGUCAAGCUCCGGAAAUGAUGGUGCACCCCCACCCACAGUAGCUGGCUGGGGAGCCCAGAGAAAGCAUCUCUGCAAAGAAGGUGUGUCAGGGUCGGAUUCCUAAACAGUUAACAGCCCUCUGAGCCAAAGGCAAUGAAUGGAAACAUGAAAUUUCUUGGAGUGGCUGAAGUGGAAGAGAUUUCUGGGCUUGAGUCUAGGCCCAGCUACUGAGGGUGUUCCAGGAGGCAAGUCACUUCACCUCUGUGUGCCUCAGUUUCCUGCUCUGUAACAUGGGGGAUAAUUUGAUGACCUAGAUUAUUAGGUGAUGAAACAUGCACCAUUUGCAUUAAGGACAUUGUUAUGUACUAAGUUUACCUCAGGACAGAGA